UACUGGGAGAGCAGAUAAGAAAUGUGAAAAGCUUAAAAAUGAACAUUUACUGUGAGAAAGAGUCAGAAAACUCCACAGAGACAAGGAGAAAACAUAAACCUUGGAAAUCAAGAAUACAUAACUUUAUCCACAGUCCCUCCCCAAGGAAAAAAAUCCACAGACAAUCUCUUCAUUACUUCCACGAAUUUGGAGAAUCCUUAGAGAAACUAAUUUCCCACAAAUGUGGACAGGCAGCAUUUCAUGUCUUUCUAAAGUCAGAGUUUUGUGACGAGAACCUUGAGUUCUGGCUGGCUUGUGAGGAGCUCAAAUCUAUUACCAAUCCAGAAGAUUUAACCUACAGAGCCAUUGCCAUCUAUGAAGAGUUCAUCAGGAAAGAUGCCCCCAAGGAGAUCAACUUGGAUUUCUACACAAGAGACACCAUUGCUCAGAAUCUGCAGUUGCCAGCAGCAGUCUGCUUUGUCGAAGCACAGAGGAAAGUCUACAGCCUGAUGGAGAAUGACGUCUACCCUCGCUUCCUUCAGUCCGACUGUUACAGAGACCUGUGUGUGGCUGCCUCCGGAGCCCUGGGCCUGGGGAACCACAGUAGGGCAUAGGACUGUUACCAUGGCUUUGAAACCAAUUUUGUCUCAUAGUGACACUGAGUGCUUCGAGAGCUCCAAUGCUAAAACCACCAUGCAAGGCAGAGUACACAAACAUGAACAAAGACUGCAUUCACAGUUUACUCACUUCCUCUUUCCAUAAAUGACGUGGCCAGACAGAGACUGAAUGGAGUUGUUCUCGACUCUAGAAACUACAGUCUAGGUUGGUGAUGUCUGGGUAUGAUGCUAGAUUUGUGGUU